AUGGACGGAUUAGAGACCUCUGAAGAGGUUUGUCAGAGGCUUUUUCUAUUAAUUUUUAGACAACAUUUAUCGUUGAUGAAGUGGCUAAUAUUGUAAAGGAGGUUGGUUAGCUUUUUCAGUCAGCUACCUUUAGAAUAUUGAAAAUACUGUCGGCUCUAGCACUUACGUUCACAGUAAGGUUAACCAGUGGACCUCAACGAUUAUUGAGCAAGUUCUCAACCAACUUACCAAGCUUGGAAAACCUUUCAAAUAUAUUGGUAACACUCAAGUCAUCUUACUCAAUUAUAUCUUAGUGACUUGCGUCAUAAUGCAAAAAUGCGGUGCUGGUUUGCACACUGCGAGCUCAUGCUACUGGGAUAAUACCACUGAUGGUACGCUCAAAUGCGUUUUGUUUUUUGGGAUAUCUUUUCAUAUGUUAGCAGUUUCUCAUGACAUUGGGUUAGUAAAUUAUGAGUCCCCGACCGACUUUUCGAAUCGUUAUAGCCAUACUAUAGCAUAGUAUGGGCUACUGCUGUGAGCGUGCUUUUUUCUAACUGAGUGGUCAUCAUUGGUGGUCUUCCAGGUUUUCAAUCCUUUCUAGAAUAUUGCUGGAUAUCCUCAGCCAAUUGUUUGGAUAGAUAAGUCGCCAAGUAUGAAGUUGGGUAGAAAACGGCUCAGCCGUUUGUAGUUUUCGAUGCGGGUCUUGGGGAAAAGCAGUCACGUAGAGAGCCUUACUCAGAUCGAUAGACGCUUGCAGAUUUCCUUUAUAUCGAUUUCUAGAGAGCCUUCGACGGUGUCCCACACCCUCGCUUCUCUAGGUCUGGGAAUCUGGGAUAAGGCGGAACGUGCUAAAUUGGAUAAGGUAUCCCUUAUCCAAAGUGCUUAUAAGCACUUUGUAUGCCUGCUGAAACGAACUACACCCAAAUUUCAGACUUAAGCCUCUUUUCGUCUUGAGUUUGCCGUCUUGCAGACGAGACCAGCACAUUUUGUAUGCCCGCUAGGACAGAGUACACCUAAAUUUCAGACAAAAGUUCCUUUUUGUCUGCAGUUUGCCGCCUUGAUUUGCACAAACGUAGGUUCAUGCCACUGUCCAAAUUACAAGCUUAUACUGUAGGGUUGUAAUUAUUAGCACUUCAGCUGGCUGCUUUUGAGCCCUUAUCUUGACAAUAGACUAGUAGUAAGGUCUCAAAUUUCCGUUGGGAGCCAUCGUGUCCUUGAUUUCCUCACAAAACAUCUUUUCCCCUCUUUUUCCUUUGCUCUAUGGUCAGGUACGUACAUUUUAUCUUUAAUUUCUUCAAAAAAUGCAGGAAGUUGCACAGUGAGAUGGGAAAACAAAUCCAUGUACUUCAUCGUGACCGUUUUCGGUUUGGCCAUCUGA